UCUCAAGCGGAGCACACGGAGUGUCAGAUUAAACUGGAGUUUGAGAAGCUUCAUCAGUUUCUCAGAGAUGAAGAAGAAAUUGCAAUCACUGCACUGAGGGAGGAAAAGGAGCAGAAGAAUCGGAUGAUGCAGGAGAAGUUUGAGGAGAUCAACAGACACAUCUCAGCUCUUUCACACACAAUCAGAGACUUGGAGAAGAUGAUGAAUGCCAAUGAAGUCUUGUUUCUAAAGAACUUUCCAGAUGCGAUGGAAAGAGUCCAGAGCUUACGGUCGGAUCCACAGCUGGCUUCUGGAGCUUUGAUUAACGUGGCACGUUACCUGGGCAACCUGCCAUUCAGAGCCUGGAAGAAGAUGCAAGACGUUGUCCAAAACAGUGAGUCUUUAGAAAAGUGA